GGGGAGCCGCGGAGCGCAGAAGGCGGGAGGACGCGAGUCCUGCUUCCCGGUCUCGGGCUGAGCGCUGUCUGGAGGGACUGGGGUUUUGCAGGAGAGGGAGAAGCCAUCCGGACGGAGGACACUCCCGGCCGCGGGCGCCGCUGGCACCCCAUCUGUCGAAGGUCCUUCCCUCGGGGUCCAGGAUGACAUUUUGACUCUCCUCAGGGAUGCGGGCAGUGUGCUAGGCUGGGUGAGUCGUGACACCCGAAGGUCUGAACCCCCAGCUCAACGCGCUGAGACUCACACAUCACUCCACCUGCUGUCUCCGCCAUGGCAGCCCAGCAUGGAAACACUAGCUUUGCCCCCAACUUCAAUCUGGCUCAAGACUCCACCUCCCCCUUCCCCUUCAACUUCAGCUACGGUGAUUAUGAACUCCCUCUGGAUGAGGAUGAGGACAUGACUAAGACCCGGACCUUCUUCGCUGCCAAGAUCGUCAUCGGUGUGGCACUAGCGGGCAUCAUGUUGGUCUGCGGUGUGGGCAACUUCGUCUUUAUCGCUGCCCUCGCCCGCUAUAAGAAGCUGCGCAACCUCACCAACCUGCUCAUCGCCAACCUGGCCAUCUCCGACUUCCUGGUGGCCAUCAUCUGCUGCCCCUUCGAGAUGGACUACUAUGUGGUGCGCCAGCUCUCCUGGGAGCACGGCCACGUGCUCUGUGCCUCCGUCAACUACCUGCGGACCGUCUCUCUCUAUGUCUCCACCAAUGCCCUGCUGGCCAUCGCUAUCGACAGAUAUCUCGCCAUCGUGCACCCCUUGAAGCCACGGAUGAACUAUCAAACGGCCUCCUUCCUGAUCGCUUUGGUCUGGGUGGUGUCCAUCCUCAUCGCCAUCCCAUCGGCCUACUUCACCACGGAGACGGUCCUGUUCAUCGUCAAAAGCCAGGAGAAGAUCUUCUGCGGCCAGAUCUGGCCGGUGGACCAGCAGCUCUACUACAAGUCCUACUUCCUGUUCAUCUUCGGCGUGGAGUUCGUGGGCCCGGUGGUGACCAUGGCCCUGUGCUAUGCCCGGGUCUCCCGUGAGCUGUGGUUCAAGGCGGUGCCGGGCUUCCAGACGGAGCAGAUCCGGAAGCGGCUGCGCUGCCGCCGGAAGACGGUGCUGGUGCUCGUGUGCGUGCUCACGGCGUACGUGCUGUGCUGGGCGCCCUUCUACGGCUUCACCAUCGUGCGCGACUUCUUCCCCGCCGUGUUCGUCAAGGAGAAGCACUACCUCACGGCCUUCUAUGUGGUCGAGUGCAUCGCCAUGAGCAACAGCAUGAUCAACACCGUGUGCUUCGUGACAGUCAAGAACAACACCAUGAAGUACUUCAAGAAGAUGAUGCUGCUGCACUGGCGGCCCUCGAACCACGGAAGCAAGUCCAGCGCCGACCUGGACCUCAAAACCAGCGGCGUGCCCGCCACCGAAGAGGUGGACUGUAUCAGGCUGAAGUAGCCCGCGGGCGGAAGGCCCGACAGCCAGAACUCCGUGCGUCAUCCCCUGGGAGCCAAGUUCAAGACGACUGUGUACCACACUUCACGGCCCUCAAGGGGCUAGAGGCCGCUCAGUCCUGACGGACUGUGGGACUCGAGGCGGGUAACCGCAGCUGAGGUGAACUGAAAACCCACUGUGUGCUGGCCGCACCAAGGAGAUUGGACAAGGCCACCGGGAGCUGACAUUUACCAGUUACCUACUGUGGGCAAAAAUUAAAUAACAAGACAAAAUGGCAGAAGCUAUCGGAAUCACCAGUCAGGGAACUCACAUGGUUAGCUGCACUCACUCUCCAUCGCGCUACCCGCAUUCUGUAGCUCAUCAGGGCAGCAAUGUCAAAGCCUAUAGAAUAAGCCACUUAGACAUGACGGGAAAGGCAAGGGAAAGUUCGUCAGAGUGUGCAGUUUAUAGCCUCAUGAUAAGAGGGUUCAUGCCAUCCCAUUGAACUUUCCCACUCAGCUCCUACUACCUCCUUAAAGAUAUUCUCUAAGAUUCUGGCUGCGAGGAAAAUUUUCUCAUAACCAGGCCAUUGGUUAUCUACAAUGGUGCAAUUUCAAAGGAAAGGACCAGAAAAAUCUCUUUUCCAUGGAUGCUUGCAAGCUCAUCAUUCUUUUGGGUGAACACAGGCAGUCCUGAAAUGAGGAACACACCCAGUCCCUGACACCUUAGCAUAAAGGAUUUCGGGGGGUUGUAAGGUCAGGGAGGAAGGGGACAGAGAAAGAGGUAGAGCUUCUCCCUGGCAAUGGACAUAAUCCAUGUGACUAAGUCUGGAUCACUUUCUAGGACAAAUCUCUUUUGAGAACAAAGGAAAUGAGCUGCACUUGGAAAGGAAAGGCAUGGAUUCAAGCCUCAUGUGACCUGGCUGCUUACUCUCUCUGCUUCUAGGUUUUGGGUAAGUGAAACAAGGAUGAUGAGAACACCUGUACUGUCUACCUUACAGGACUCUUGGGAGAACCCACAGAGGCCACAGUUGGUGAAAGUGCUUUUUAACUCUACCAGUGAUAAAAAUGAAUAAGUGAUAUUGGACAGUUUGGAUUAGGGAAACCCCAUCCACUAUAACUUACUGUGAAGAAACACUCCCACUUUUGCAUUCCUGUUUUUUGGACCAGAGACCCCUGAACUCUUCACGGUGCAGCCUGUCUUCUGGGCC